AUGAAAAAUGAAUAGAAGAAACUCAUCAUAGACCAAGCUGAAAAUAUAUUUUGAAUGAUUGAAUUGACAACCAAACAUACCACCACACUUAGGGAAUUUUCAUCAAUCUUGAUUCAUUUUUAUUUAUUUAUUGAUAAAUAAUUUUCAUUCAUUUCUUAUGUAGUUGAAAAUUGAAAUAGUUUAUAUGACUAAAAUUUUCAUGAGUUUCAAAACAACUCUCACUUUAACUCAAGUUCCAAAGAGCUUACCUUUAUCAUCUUUUUCUAUAUUAUUUAUUGGUUUUGAUUUGAUUUUUUCAAUUGAAUCAAAGAGAAUCACAUGAUAUUCAAGACAAAUGGCAUAAUAAAACUCCAAAACCCAAUAUCAGAUCUUCAUUCUGAGUCUCAGAUCACCAAUGGCUAAGAAGAAGAGUUGGUUUAGUUUAGUGAAAAGAUUCUUCUCUUCAGAUUCACAGUCAAAGCAAGAAAAGAAGGAAAAGAGAAGAAAAUGGAUAUUUGGAAGGCUUAAGAUCAAAAGAUUAGCUUCAAUAACAGCACCACCACCACCACCAAUUGAAUCAACACAAACCGAAACCGAAGAAAGAGUAGUACAGAGCGGAGAAAACAACAAUUUAUCCGCUCUGUCUCCACCCAAUGCAGCCUCGACUGCAUCUAAUGCAGCCGAGGCUGCUAAACUAACCGAAAUAGUGGAAAUCGAAUCUCGGGAAAUCCAAGAAUUCGCUGCCACUAAGAUUCAAACUGCUUUCAGGGGUUACCUUGCCAAAAAGGCUUUAAGGGCACUUAAGGGAAUAGUGACACUUCAAGCUAUUAUUAGAGGCAGAGCAGUGAGACGCCAAGCUGUUACAACUCUAAAACGUUUGCAAUCUAUUAUUAAUAUUCAGUCACAAGUUUGUGCUAACAGAUUUCAAACCACUGAAGCCACUGCUACUUAUGAUUAUGAUGAUGAUGAUGAUGUUGAAGAUGGUGAUGAUCAACUUCAGAAUUUAAGGAACAAAAUACUAAGGAUGGAUUGUUACAAUCAAAGAAGAUGGGAUGAUAGUCUUCUAUCAAAGGAAAAUGCAGAUGCAUUGUUCAUGAGCAAAAGAGAGGCUAUGCUUAAGAGAGAAAGAAUCAAAGAAUAUUGGUAUGCACAUAGGAAUUCAGCAGAAUCAGAUAGAAACAAAGUAAAUGGAAGAUGGAGAUAUUGGUUAGAACAAUGGGUAGAUACCCAACUCACCAAAAGCAAAGAGCUUGAAGAUUUGGACACAAAUUUGGUAUCAAACACAAAAAAACUAAGGAUAAAAAAUCUUCAAAAUAGUGAAGGAAUAUUAGGAGAAGGAGGAGGAGGAGGAAAAUUCAUGGACUCACCACCAAUGUUUGUACCAAGAAAAUCAAUUCAUAAAAAACAAUAUUCAUUAGGUGAUGAAAACUCAUUCACAAGCUCAUCAUCACCAAUUGUUCCAACAUACAUGGCUGCAACCGAAUCGGCUAGAGCCAAAUCAAGAUCUUUAAGCUCACCAAAACUAAGGCCAGAAAGCUUAGAUGGUAACUCACCAUGCAAAAACAAACUCUCACUUAUAUCUUCUAUCAAUAGUAAUAAUGGUGUUGUUGGUGUUGGUGGUGAUCAUCAUUAUUACUUUCAUCAAAGAUCUCCAAGCAUGAAAGGGGUUAGAGGGCCUGUGAAAUCAAGCAGAAAGAUGAUGAUGGUGAAUAUGAAUAAUGAUUUGAGCUUUGAUUCUGAGUGUUCUUUGUCUCAUUGGCACCAUGCUAGAGGAUGAUUGAGUGAGUGAGUGAGUGAAUUUUUAGUCACUUAAUUGUUUAUUAGUCUUUAUUUUUGUGAGGUUUUAUUUGAAAAUUUCAAAUUAUUUUUAAGGGCUUUGUUUUUUUUUUCUUUUUCAAAUGUUUAUAUGUUAACAUAACUUUAUACAUAUAUAUUUAGUAUAGUAUAUCAUAUCGAAAUAUUUAAAGAA